AUGAUGCCAAUUCAGUUCAAGGUGGUGAUGAUUCUCUACAUGAACCUUAAAGAGUAUGAUAAGGUUGACUCGUUGGUUUCAGAGAUGAGGCAGAAAAAAAUACCUCUAGAUGUGGACUGCUAUAUUGUCUGGUUAUUAUGUUUUGUGGACCAAGGAUCUGUUGAAAAGGUGGAGCAAGUGUUUGAACAGAUGGAGCAGGACAGUACCGUUAAUCCCGACUGGUCUUCAUUUUGCUUAAUGGGUUCGUUUUAUAUUAGAGUCGGGCUGUUGGAAAAAGCGGAAGAGUGCAUAAAGAUGUUUGAAAGCAGAAUCACAGAUCAAGAUAGAAUUGUUUAUUAUCAUGAUGCCAUUAGACUAUGUGGUAAUCUUGGUAAACGGGAGGAGGUUUAUCGUGCGUGGAAUGUUUUUAAAAAGAUCUGUCCGAAAACUUUAAUGAUGGAUUACCAUACUAUGAUCUCUUCCUUGGUUCGGCUAGGUGAUAUUGAAGGGGCAGAACAACUUUACGCGGAAUGGCUGUCUGUUAAACCCACCCACAACCCUAAAAUAGAGGAAAGCCGAAUCCACGUACAUGGGAAGGAGAUUCUUGCAGAAGGACACAUCAGAGAGAAGAAGGUUUCUGAGGCGUUGUCUUGCCUGAAGGAAGCAGUUUUGGUUCGUGGAUCAAAGAACUGGAAACCAAGGCCUGUAAACGUGUCUUCCAUUCUCAGUAUAUGCGAGCAAAAUGACGAUAUGCAAAGCAAGGACAUUUUAAUGGGGCUGUUGAGUCAAGUAGGGUGUUUAGAAGAUGAAGCUUAUAAAUUCAAUGUUCCCUCGACCGGUGGGGUGGCUACUGUUUGUGAUGAAGAUGAGGAUAUUACGAAGAGGAAAUUCUUUUCAACCAACUACAGGCUGAAAAAUGCUAGAGGCACAUAA